AUGGCUUCUCGUGUCUGCCAAGUGAACAUUUUGAACAAUCCAGCCGAGUUCACUUCCAAAUUCAACUUGGAAAUCACUUUUGAACUUUUCGAAUACCUUCCAAAAGAUCUCGAAUGGGAGUUGGUUUAUGUUCGAUCUGGAACUUCCAGUGAAUACGAUCAAGUUUUGGAUUCGGCGCUAGUCGGACCAGUUCCAGAAGGUCGUCACAAGUUUGUCUUCGAUGAGCCGUGCCCAAAUGUUGCCAAAAUUCCAACUGAGGAUAUUGUUGGUGUCAGUGUCUUGUUGCUUCGCUGCAAAUACAAUGAGCAAGAGUUUAUCAAUUUGGGAUGGUUUGUUUCGAAUGAAUAUGUUGAUGAGGAAUUGAAGGAGAAUCCACCAGCACAACCAUUGGUUGAUAAGGUAUUUUAUUAUUGUGCUCAGAAAAUCCGGAAAAAUUGCUCGAAGAAGUUUCUGGAUUCCCUAUGUAAUUUAUUAUUUUAUCUCAUUCGCAAGGUUGAAAUUGAUGAUCUUCGUGUCACAACUCAUUCAAUCAAAUGGACCGAAGAAGAAGCUGCGGAUGAAUUCCCAGAAGCCAAUGAAAGUGUAAUGAAGUCAAUGAAAGUGUCGGACAUUUUUUUUCGUUUCUUUUGUUCGAUUUCAGGAAAAGUUAUCGAAAUUUUUUGUUGUUGA